CACUGCCUUUUUUGCCAGAAUUUUUACGUGACAGUGGUCGGCAUUUUUCAUCAUCUGGAACAGGGGGCUUGCGAAAAAGCACCGUUGACUCGGCUUGAAGUUUACCAAGCGGUCAACCAGCAUGAUCCAAACGGGAACUGCUUCCUGUGCAGCGGUCGCUUCACAAGCCUGAAGUCGUUGAAUCAGCACCUCAAAUCGCCCAAACACCGGCAGAACCUCUAUCACUGCCCGAAACACGGCUAUCCCAAGGAGUUCAGCACACUAGCAGCCGUCACCGUGCAUUUGCAGAGCGGGAGCUGCCAUUUCAUGACCCUCGAAACUGUUCCGGAGACGGCGGCGCGAAUCUUUAACCGCGGACGCAUGAUUGCCUUCUAA